AUGUCGGAAGGAAAGGACAAGAGCGCCAACCCCAUGCGCGAGCUGCGCAUCCAGAAGCUCGUGCUGAACAUCUCGGUCGGCGAGUCUGGUGACAGACUGACCCGUGCCGCCAAGGUGCUCGAGCAGCUGAGCGGUCAGACUCCCGUCUACAGCAAGGCCCGCUACACCGUCCGUACCUUCGGUAUCCGCCGUAACGAAAAGAUCUCCGUCCACGUUACGGUCCGUGGCCCCAAGGCCGAGGAGAUCCUGGAGCGUGGCCUCAAGGUCAAGGAGUACGAGCUCCGCAAGCGCAACUUCUCCGAGACCGGCAACUUCGGCUUCGGUAUCAGCGAGCACAUCGAUCUGGGUAUCAAGUACGACCCCGGCAUUGGUAUCUACGGCAUGGACUUCUACUGCUGCAUGACCCGUCCCGGUGAGCGUGUCGCCAAGCGCCGCCGUUGCAAGGCCCCCGUCGGUGUCAACCACAAGAUCAACAGCAACGAAACCAUCAAGUGGUUCAAGAACCGCUUCGACGGCAUCGUCCGGUAA